GGGAAUUUGAUGCGUUAGUGAGACUCAGUGUAGCGACUAUUGGUGUGAAUAUCGAUAAUAAACGUGUUGUCAAUAAAAUGUGAAACAAAUUCACGUUUCGUUCGAAUUGAGAAUUAGUACGCAUUUGACACUCAGUUCGAUAUGAAGUGACGAUUGGAUCGGAUUGUCGACCAAUGAGUGCUCGCAGUGACAGACACUGACAUCACUCACACGAUUGCAUCACAUCUGUGGUCAGUCCCACCACUGCUGACACUCACGAGUCGUUGAAGACAUCUGUUGGGCAGCCAUUGGCGCCGUACGAGUGGUCACAGGAAUGGACUUAAGACUGAUCUCGAACUACAGCCUAAGAAGUGAUGCCUCUCUGCAGAAAGAGACCAUUGAGUACUUCGAGCGCCUGAAGAGCGAUGAGUUGGGAUGGAAGCUAUGCGUGGAGUGUCUGGUGUCGCGUCACGUGACCGACGAAUCGGCCGUUUUCUUCUGUCUUCAGGUCAUCGAACACUACAUCAAAACCAGGUAUGCGAGCGAUGGAGAGGACAUGAGAGCCAUAUUGAGGCGCUUUCUGUUCGAGUGGUUCCAGUGGUCGCACGUGUCGUCCGCUUACAUCCACAACAAGUUCGCAUAUGUCGUGAAUUCGGUGUUUCUGUUGGACUUCCCGCUCCAGAAGUGGAACACAUUCUUCACCGAUAUAUUAGGCGUUUGUCAGAACCAACAGAAUUGUGAUCUUUUCCUCAGAAUUCUGCUGCAAAUCAAUGGAGACGUCGCCGACAGAGAGAUCCCCAGAAGUGCUAAGGAAAUGGAAAGAAAUACUAUUAUUAAAGACCUCAUGAGAGAGACAUGUGUUCAAGAAUUGGCUGAUUUCUGGCUCAACGUUAUUAACACAUACCGCGAGUCAAGUCCAACGACUGUUUGUUUGUGUUUAGAAGUGAUCGGCGCUUAUGUGGCGUGGAUUGACAUCAAUCUGAUUACCAACGACUCAAUAAUGACUAAUUUAUUUAAUUUAUUCCCAAUCGACACAUUCCGGUGCUCUGUCACCGACUGUUUCAACGGUAUUCUACACAAAGGAAUGGACUCUUUAGCCAAAACCCAACUCAUCGAGCAGUUCAUGAAUGUCGAGUCAAUUAAACACAAAUUGUCGCUCAUUUGUGACUCAAUGAAAGCCAACGAAAGCCAAGACAACGACUUAUUUGUCGUCAAGUUCUCUAAACUAAUGAACACAAUCGGCAUUGAAUUGAUCGAAGCGUUCAAGAAGUUUAAGACUAAAAACGAUGCAAACAAUCCUCAGCUCAAUAAGAGUUGGCACUCAGAGGCCAUCACUUUCAUAUCCAACGCCAUUGAGUCGAAGUUCACGAUUUUGUGCCAAUUCUUGUCCCAUAAGAGCAAUACAGUGUCCCUUCAAAUACAUCCCUUCACCAGAGAAUACAUACAAUGGGCUAAAAACACAUUAACCAAAAAAGACGACAAUAGCUCUGCAGUGGACAAGACGUUGGAGGAGAAGCUGUUGAUAUUCCUGCGUAUAAUCAUCGAGAAGUGCAAAUACCCGAUGGAUCACGACUUCAGUCUCGAAGAGGAGACCACUUUCGAGGAGUUCCGCAAAUCGUGUAAAGUAUUGUUCGAUAACCUAAUGCUUCUCAACUCAACGGUUGUGAUAAACUUCAUAUGCACUCAACUCAUCGAACCAUUGCUCAUGAAUUGGCGGAUGUCUGGCAGCGCCUAUACGUUCGCCGACAUCGAGAUAUGUCUCCACUAUUUCUAUCUAAUCGGAGAAAACCUGAGUUUCCUGAACGACACGAAACGGAUUGAACUGUUGCUGCAACUGUUGAUCACGUCGUCGAUCUCUACUUACGCCCACUCCUACACGCAAUCCAUAUAUUUUGAUUUGAUCCUCAGGUACGAGAAGUUCUUCGGCAAUAAUCUGAAUUAUUUGGUGCCACAGAUACUCAUCUCAUUCCUCGACGAGAGAGGCUUUAAGAACAAUAGCCCGAAGAUGAGGAGCAAAGUGGCGCUUAUGUUCAAUAAGUUCGUCAAAUCUCAGAUCAAAUCCAAAUCCAGUGACAAACAGCAGAACUUCACCGAAGAUAUUCUCAAACGCCUGCAAGACUUCCUCAAACUGGAUAUCAUUCCCAAUGAAUCGGACGACACGACCAACGGAUUCGUCACGAAAACGACGAAAGCUUUAAAUAUUUUCGACGAAAUUCGGUAUUCGAUCACAACUGAGGAUCAGUUGAAUGUUUACGAAACGGUUGCCAUUUUGAUAAUUUCCAACCAAAACUUCGACAUCAAUCGCAAACAAUUCCUAAUGAAGACUCUCUUAAUGAAUCCAAUUUGGGAUAAAUUUGAAGAAAUCUGUGCAAAGCUUUUGAAUGAAAUGAACGCUCAAAAUGGGAAACUCGUCACUGAGUCGAACCAAUUAGUUGUCAAACAAUACUGCAAUCAAAUCUCACAUCUCAUAUCAUUAGCCGCCCGAACCUCGAAAGCCUUUUCCAACAUCCAUACCAUCAAAUCUAUUGGACUACAAGACCUUUAUUUACAAUCAUUCAAUCACUUCGUCAAAGCAUUGAGUUUAGGACUCAAUGAAGACAUGCUUUUCAUAAUACAGUCGUCGACGCGUCAGUUCCUUCACCGGUGUAUCGUAUGUCUCGAUGAGAGCGAUAUCGUACCACUCCUUCCCUCUGCCAUUCAAAGCCUUUUCCUACUCUCACAAGAGCUCAACUCCAAGACAUUGCAAGAGUUGAUUCCACUGCUCAACCAAGUGGUCACUAAAUUCAAACACUCGUGGCUUUUCCAAAGAGAUUUGACGCCAUUCUUCAAACAGAUGUUCUCUCCUUUGAUUCUCUCAUUCUUUUCAGUCAUCUCUCAGACCCUCAACACUGAGGAGAAGCUAUCGAUUCAAAAGUCUUAUUACACUUUCCUAUCGAUUCUCGUCACCAAUAAUAUUAUGGAUCCCUUCCUUGUUAUCGAAGUGCCACUAAUGGAACAGAUAUUGAUUACGGUAUUCCAGGGGUCAGUCGACUUUCCCGAUGCUGUCACGCAAAGAAUUUGUUUCCAAAUAUUACGCAAAUUUGUAGAGUUUUUCGGAAACUCGAGCCAAUUGGCAGCCAAUGAGAGCGAAGGAAAGGGAGCCGAGAAGGAGGUGAAGAGUAUUGGUUCGCAUGAGUUCGUCCAAUUCAUAUACAAGUCUAUAAUCCCCGCCUGUUUUGUGGCCCCCAUUCGUCACAACGAAGACUCGCAAUUAGUCAAUGAGUGUAUUAUAUGUCUUAAGACAAUUCAGUCAACGCGAGGCACUCAAGAGUUGUCGACAUACCUGUCCUCUCAGUUCUUUCCCCAACAUUUCCCCAAUUACUGCAAUUCUGCGCAAUUGAUUCAGACAUUGAUUGACAACGACUUGAAAGCAACUAAACGGGCGCUUAAAAUAUUUUGUCAACAAUUCAAACAAAACGAAAUCACAUGAAACGAAAUAUAUGUCUAUUUUUAUAUCAAUUCUACUCUAAUUUAUAUGAAAUUGACUUUAAUAUGAAUUUAUAUAAAUAUGUUAUUAAAUUAUAAAUACAAAAUACAUUAUAUUUAUGUUAUAUUUAAGCUAUUAUUUGUCCGAGAC